CGAUCUGCAAGGAAGUAAAGGAACCAUGAGAAGCUUCUUAUCUCUUGUUGCACUAAUAAUAUACUGGUACCGACCUGUCCAAUGUCAACCACGUCCUGAAUGUGCUCCUGAUUAUCCUAAUCGACCCCCUGACUGCCCUGUGUGUCCACCAGAGGGAUGCAGGUCCUCUACGAUGGAUAUAGCUACACGUACUCUUACAGAGGAUGUUACAUCUACCUCAACAGAAAAAACACAAUUCAGUGGAUUGACAUCAGAGGAGAUUUCAAAAUUUUCGGCGAGUUCGGAGUACGGAGCAUCGGUCAGAGUUCACACUGAUGACCCAAAAGUAUUUUUCAUUUCGGCGAGUGGCCUUCCUGAUCAUGAAACACAGAGAGUCAAUCCAAACACUCCCACAGCUCAGAACUACAACAUUUCAAUUCUGAAAAAUCCCGAGAUUGUAGAUGUGCCCGGAUGUGUCGGGCUGGGAAUGAUUGGGAUUACACGAACUGGUGUCGCCAUCUACAAUCCAUUGGCAGGGGAGUUAACAAAUGCUGUGGAGGGAACGAAUCCCGAAACGUUCGAUCAGUGUGAUGGACACGCGAGUCCUAAUGGUGCUUAUCAUUACCAUAAAAUACCCGACAGUUGUCUGUAUAGAGGGGAAAUCGACGAAUUCAUUGGAGUGGCGCUUGAUGGCUUUCCUAUCUAUGGACCGAGGGUUGGACAGUCAAAGAACAUCUCCGAAGCUGAACUGGACAAGUGCCAUGGGAAAUUUGUCAACGGGAGCUAUAGAUAUUAUGUAACCGAGAAGUUUCCAUAUUAUUUGGGUUGUUUCAAAGGACGUGUUGUUAAUCCAAGGACAAUAACUUCUAACAAUUGUACCUCGAACACAUCACACUGGAACAUGGAAGAUUAUGGAUACGAUUACUAUCUAUGCCACUGUGUGAACUCAGGCCCCGGUGGAGGAGGCGGAGGACCUCGCCCGGAAUGUGCCCCAGAAAACCCUGACAGACCCCCAAACUGCCCGCAGUGUCCUCCCGAGGGAUGCAGGUCAACAACAAUGGACACUGCUACCCAUCCGCCAAUGGAGAAUGUCACCACUUCUAACUCAAACGGAACUACACCAUUGCAUGGACUGACAAGAGAAGAAAUCUCAAAAUUCACAGCAAGUUCAAAGUAUGGGGCAUCCGUAAGAGUUCACACCGAUGACUCGAAAGUAUUUUUCAUUUCGGCGAGUGGUCUUCCUGAUCAUGCAACACAGAGAGUCAAUCCAAACACUCCCACAGCUCAGAACUACAACAUUUCAAUUCUGAAAAAUCCCGAGAUUGUAGAUGUGCCCGGAUGUGUCGGGCUGGGAAUGAUUGGGAUUACACGAACUGGUGUCGCCAUCUACAAUCCAUUGGCAGGGGAGUUAACAAAUGCUGUGGAGGGAACGAAUCCCGAAACGUUCGAUCAAUGUGAUGGACACGCAAGUCCUAAUGGUGCUUAUCAUUACCAUAAAAUACCCGACAGUUGUCUGUACAGAGGGGAAAUCGACGAAUUCAUUGGAGUGGCGCUUGAUGGCUUUCCUAUCUAUGGACCGAGGGUUGGACAGUCAAAGAACAUUUCCGAAGCUGAACUGGACAAAUGUCAUGGGAAAUUUGUCAAUGGGAGCUAUAGAUAUUACGUAACUGAGAAGUUUCCAUAUUAUUUGGGUUGUUUCAAAGGACGUGUUGUUAAUCAGGGAACUAUUACUUCUUACAAUUGUACCACAAAUACAUCACACUGGAACAUGGAAAACUAUGGAUACGACUACUAUCUUUGUCACUGUGUUAACUCAGGCCCCGGUGGCGGAGGCGGAGGACAUCGCCCUGAAUGUGCCCCAGAAAACUCUGACAGACCCCCAGACUGCCCGCAAUGUCCCCCUGGUGGAUGCAGAGCCACAACUCCACCAGCUUCAAUGUCCACCACAAACAGCGUAGGACGUCCCAAUGUUGUUGACGGACACAGUGCAGCUGGUCAAACAGUGGCCGAAAUUUUACCCCUAUUAUCAAUGAUUUCUAUAUUUUUAAUUCUUUAAUAAUCAUAUUUUUGAUGUGUUAGAGCAGACAUUUAUUUGAAAAAUCGAUAUUCGUUGUUAUUAUGUACAUGCAUUCUUCGAUGCUAUCUUGUAAAUCUUUAUACAGGUCUGGACGAUUUCCAAAUAUGGAAGUCAAGAACGAUAACCGUGAACUGCUAUAAAUACACAGAAUAAACAAGGUGCUAAUCCUCCUGACCAAUCAGAUAACGACAUUUAGACAAACUCAUCAGAAAAUAAAUAAGACAAUUGGUUUUAAAGUUUUCUGCCCAAAAGAUUUUUUAUAACAAUUUUUUUGUAAACUUUAUGCAUAUUUAGGAAUGAAACAGCACAAAUGAUAAUUCCACCGCGAACAAACACGACUUGAAAGGUUAGAAUAAAUUCUAAGUGGGAUUAAAAAUCGGACAAUACGAGAUAGCUAUUCCAAAAGUCUAACUUGUAUGUAGAAAUUUGAUAUAAAUACGGCAGAUUUUCAAUUUUUAGAGCUGGUAUGAAAAUGUUUUCGGAUGAGAAUAUUUUUAACAUGAUAAUUAUUUUCUGAGUGUUUAUUACAAAAUCGUCCAGUUUCUGGUUUGCGUGGUAAGUUAUGGUGAAAAAGCAUUCGUCUAAAUUCACUUUUCUCGACGUUUUACACGUUUCCUUACGAUGUCCUUUUAAAGUGUUUAUAACAUUGUAUUUAACGCUCAUGAAACCCGCGAUAUUUUUU